GGCAUGUCUAUCACAGUAUCAGGACCGAUCACUGAGCAAGGUGUUUAUGAACGCUGAACACAAUGAGCGCUGGCACUGUAAGUAUCAGUUUCGAGGACUUGGAUUUUUCCAGGAAACCAAAACUCGGGAAGAAUUUUGAGGCUGAGUCUGACACAUCAGACUCCCUGGUUCCUGUCAGCAGACCACUCUACACAGUGGAGGACGUUCUGUCAUGGACACCAAACAAGGAUGGCUACAAGACAGAUGCCUUCAACAUCGCCACUGUCCCUCUUGCCAAGAGGACUCAACAAGGCGGUGUGCCAAAAACCUUGGUGUGUCACGACAUGAAGGGAGGCUAUAUUGAAGACAGGUUUGUUCAGGGGACAUGGAGGGAUGACUGUUACCUGAUCUCCCACUGGCAGCACAUCGACACGUUUGUGUACUUCAGUCAUCACUUCAUCACACUGCCUCCUCCUGGCUGGACCAAUGCUGCUCACAGACACGGGGUCAAGGUUCUAGGAACAUUGAUCACUGAGUGGGAUGAUGGGGCCAAAUGCUGCCAGCAGUUUCUAAAGGACCAGGCCAGCUGUAGGGCUUUGGCUGACAAACUAGCACAGAUGGCUCAGCACUACAACUUUGAUGGUUGGCUCAUCAACAUAGAGAAUCCUCUUGAGGCUCCCCAGGUGAAAACCCUGAUUGGCUUUAUGUCCUACCUGACUGACGUGAUGCACACUGCUGUGCAGGGGAGUGAGGUCAUCUGGUAUGACAGUGUCAUCACCACAGGGGAACUUAAGUGGCAAGAUGAGCUCAAUGACAAGAACAGGAUAUUUUUUGACUCCUGUGAUGGGAUUUUCCUGAACUACACUUGGAAGGAGGAGGGCCUUCAGCGUUCUUUAGAGAUGGCAGGAGAGAGACAACAUGAUGUGUACGUUGGUGUGGAUGUGUUUGGCAGGAACUGCUUUGGUGGAGGGGGCUUCAACACCAACAAGGCCCUGUCUGUCAUCAGGAAACAAGGCCUAUCGGCAGCCAUCUUUGCUCCAGGCUGGGUGCAUGAAAAGCUUGGAGCUGACAAUUUCUCUUCAAACCAGAGCAAGUUUUGGAACCUUUUGUCUGAUCUGUGCCCCAUGCAUGGACCUGCAGCUCUACCUUUUGUAACAUCAUUCUGUCAGGGACAAGGACAGAACUUCUAUAUCAAUGGCCAGGUUGUCAGGAGAGGCCCGUGGUACAACCUGAGUUGUCAGCAGCUCCAAGCAACAUUUACCUCAGCACAGUUCUCUCAGGGAAAGGAGCAGGCAGGGGGAAAUAGAACCAUGGGUGUCUGUACCAAGGACGCCUUCCAUGGAGGUGGCAGCCUGCUUUUGGGAGGAAACUUCACACAUGCUUGUGAUACUUUGUCUUUUAGACUGUUUAGCUCAGACAUUCCAGUUCAGUCCCCUCUACUGGUCAGCUACACCUAUAAGUGGAAGACAGGUGCAGACCGCGCAGCUGUGCACCUGAUCCUCAGCACCUCAGGACAGACCAAACAGUGGGUUCUUAUGGAGGGUGAUGAUAACAAGGAUGGAGACAUUGAUAAAACAUAUGUAAAGAACAACACUGAAGACAACUCAACAGGUCAAGCUGAGUUCUUCAUUGCCCUUCCUGAUAAGGAGUGUGACAGGCUGUACAAGGAAUGUUUUGGAUGUACCAGAGAUGAAACAGCAGAGGAGGGCUGGUGUACAAGGUUCUACAUGCUGAGGGAUGAUACUAGUACAGGAUACAGGAUUGAAGGCAUCAACCUUCAGUGCUUGAGGAGAGAGGCUGUGGAAGGGGACACUGAUGUGUGCCUCAGAUUGGGAGAAAUCAGGAUUAUGAAUGCUGGAGAUCUUGAAAAGAAGCAGAAUGCAACAGUCUCCAUUGUAGCCUGCAGGGAUGUCUCUUGGAAGAAGCUGCAUCAUCCCACAGCUACAACUCCUGCUGGUGAUUCCAUGGCAGCAGACACAGUACUGCUCAGUGGUACCCUCCAAUGGGAGUACCCACAACUCCUGGCUUCUUGCUUUGAUGUGUACUUCUCCUACAAAGGGGCAGCUGGCAAUACUUCAGACAAGGUGUAUGUGGGGAGGGCACAGAACAGCAUGUAUCGUGUGGUAGACUUACCAGUUAUACAUGAUGAAGCGGAUAGAGACAACAGUAUAGAGUUUACUGUGCUUCCAAUCCAGUGAUGAAACUACAAUAUGUAUAUGUGCAUAUACUACUGACAAUCAGGUUAUAGAUUUGGACAUAUCGAAUUUUAUGGCAAUUUUGUAUAAUUGUCGUUUGAUAAGACCUUUGAUUAAACCCCCUUAGUGCUGGUGUUGGAAAGAAACUCAGGUACUGGUGCAGUUUGAAAUUUUCAGUAUAUAUAUAUUAGAUAUUUUUAAAACUUUCAACUACCACUUUUGUUACUUUCAUACUUACAGCAAUUUUCUGUUGUAGGUAUUAUAUUUGUAGGAUGGAUUACAAACAACUAGACAAAUUUAAGACAAAAGAUUAUUGUGUGAUUUACGAGGCAAUUCAUGCAAGUGACCUUCUGAGUGACUCAGUAGGGAUAAUGCAAUACAAGGGGUGAUCAAUAAGUCCUCGGCCUCACCCAGAAAUAAUAAGCACAACUCAAUUUUUGAAGCAUAGAUGUUAAGUAUAAAGUCUUUCAUGAAUGUGUCCUAAAAUUCAAAUUAUUGCCAUCAUUACUUUGUAGGCGACACCCAGUAACGUUAGGUAAGGUAGAAGGGGAAAAACGUGGAGAAUUGAGCUGGGACCUGAGGUGCGCGGGUCAACUUGCACUGCUAGAAGUCAGACAUCCACUUCUUUCUGCUUGAAAUAGGAAGAGAAUCAUUAUCAAACAUUUUGACAAUGUCUUUUGUUAAUGACAAAGAAUUUACGGCAUGGGGAACUCGACCCACAUGUCCGAUCACAAUUCACCCUUGUUUUUCUGAAAAUUUCUCGCCACUUACCUUUGCAAAAAGCGAAUGCGUGGAAAGUAAUAACUGCAAUGAUUUGAAAUCUGGAGGAUAUUGAUAAAAGGCUUCAUACUUUGAAGCUGUGCCUUAAAAUUUGAGUUGUGCUUAUUAUGCUGGGUGAGGCCGACUCCUCGUAAGGUGUGGUCCACUGCAGAAGUGGUGAUACCCUUUUGAUUUUUGAAGGAUAUAUCAACUUGAUCAGUCAGUUACUUCAUGGUGUUGAAGGUAAGCAGAAUGUAAUAUAGAUGUAAUAUAUAGAAUGGUAAAUGUUUGCAGUGUUGUUUUGUGCAUCGACUACAUGGUGGCUUGUGCAAUUUAUAAACACUCAACCGGGUACCCUAGCAACAGGGACGAGUGACCCUUUGCAUUCCUUAUUGAUAUCGUUACCAGCAAGUCAAGCUACAUAUAACUUAUAAGUCUGGAUUGUACGAGCUUAUUCUUCAGAAUAAAUCUUUAUGAAUGGUUUUAAACGUU